CUAGGGUUCUUGAGAGAAUGUCGUACUUGCUGCCCCACCUCCACUCCGGCUAUGUUGUGGAUCAAGCGAUCCUCACGGAGGACGAGCGCGUCGUGGUGAUUCGCUUCGGCCACGAUUGGGACGAGACGUGUAUGCAGAUGGACGAGGUGCUGGCCAAUGUCGCGGAGCCGCUCAAGAAUUUCGCCGUGAUCUACCUGGUGGACAUCACCGAGGUCCCGGAUUUCAACACCAUGUACGAGCUCUACGAUCCCUGUACUGUGAUGUUCUUCUUCCGUAACAAGCACAUCAUGAUCGACCUUGGCACCGGCAACAACAACAAGAUCAACUGGGCGCUCAAGGACAAGCAGGAGUUCAUCGACAUUGUGGAGACUGUCUACCGCGGCGCCAGGAAAGGUCGAGGUCUCGUUGUUUCUCCCAAGGAUUAUUCCACCAAGUACCGCUACUAAGAAGGAACAAAAGAACAAAACAAGAACAAGAUGACUUUUCAAGCAGCAGUCCCGAGCUUAGAAGAUCUUAGUUCGAUCUAGUAUUGGAAAAGGUAUACUCUUUUCUAAUAGAACAGACGACUUAAUACUUGGGUCUUUUGUUUUUCAUUUUUCAUAACUUAAAGAGCACACACGAGAGGACGAAAGUGAAUACCCGAA